AUGGGUGGUAAUAUGAAUACUCAAAUCUUAUCUCCGGGAACUCAUUACAAAGCUUACGUUGUGUACAAGAUAAGAAACCGACGUCACGGCUUAAGGGAUUUGCCCAUACAAGUUGGAGUUGGGUUUAAGGGGCAAGAAAAGCCUAAAAAAUUCAUAUGUUUUGAUGAGUCUACGAAUAAAAUCAAAGAGUGGCCAAAGAGGGAGCUAAUGAAAUCAGAGAAGAGGGAAGAUGGGUGGAUAGAGGCAGAGAUUGGGGAUUUCUUCAAUGAAGGAGGAUUAAUGGGUUUUGAUGAAAUUGAGGUGAGUAUUGUUGACAUCACUUCUCCUAAUUGGAAGUGUGGUGUGAUCAUUCAAGGAAUUGAAUUCCGGCCAACGGAUACUCGGUAA